UUUGCAUUAUUAUUAUUAUUAUUAUUAUUAUUAUUAUUAUUAUUAUUAUUAUUAUUAUUAAUACAGAUGUCUUCAAGGUAAGAUACAAAGAGUUAACUAGCAGAAUCUUUACAGUGUAACUGAUUUUACAUUUUUGGAAACAAUGUUUUAUGAUCAAAUAUUUUCCCUUGAACUUAAAAUUAUUUUUUAGAAAUACAUAUGCAUCCCCCAGAACCCUUUAACAGUAAACAUGUGUUUUAAACCUUCUAUUUCUAUCUUAAUUGCUCUGGUAUGUGCUCCUGAGUAUUGAACUGUAAAAACUUCCAUAGUUAUAUAGUUUAGAGUAAAUAUUUGUCUGGAAGAUUACUGAACUCCUUUAAGAAAUUGUAAUAGAUAGUUGGCCAUUAUUAUUUAUUAUUUUGUAAUAUUUUCAAAACAAAGACUAAGUGGAUAGCGGUUCUGGAUCACUAACACCGUGCUGAAGGAAUGGAUUCCCACUGCUGUGUUUUGGCUCAAUAAUUAAAUAACCAAUUGCAUAUCAAUCUCCUCGCCAUUUCAAGCUGGGUGUGUAUCUCAGAUAUGUCCCGAUCCAACAGCGUGAGCCCUCCAGGGUUCACUGCCCCUGGACCUCAGGGUGGAACUGAACAUCGCUCUGCUUGGAGCGACUCCCAGUCCAGAGCCAAUGGGUGCCCUUACUCCACUGAAUCAGCUGCCAAGAAAACCAGGUCCAGCAGCAGGUGGAGGGGAGAAGAGGAUUUGGAGCGGCACCCAGGAAGGCCCACAAGCACUGUGAGCAGAGUCAGCUUCAGGUCCAAGUCUGCAUGGCAAGACAAUGGAGAGGAGGGCCGUAACAACAACAGAGCAGCCCCAAAGCAGGAUGGGGAGCUGAGAGCCAGGUCCGUGGAGCUCGGGCUGGAGGAGAGGAGAGCCAGGUCCGCGGAGCUCGGGCUGGAGGAGAGGAGAGCCAGGUCCAUGGAGCUCGGGCUUGAGGAGAGGAGAGCCAGGUCUGUGGAGCUUGGGCUGCAGGCUCAGGACGUGCAGUUCUCCAUGGCUCAGUGUUGCAGCAGCGUGUUGCAGAUCUUCAGAUCCAAGAAGUUUCCGUCGGUGAAGCUGGAGAGGCUCUAUCAGCGUUACUUCUUCAGGCUCAACCAGAGCAGCCUGACCAUGCUCAUGAGCGUCUUGGUGUUGCUGUGCCUGGUGAUGCUGGGCUUGCACUGUGCAGGGGGGGGUUACAAGCUGCCCUAUGUGGUCGUCUUCACCGUCGCCAUUGCGCUCAUCAUUGUGCUCAUGAUCAUAUGUAACAGGAAUGGGUUCCACCAGGACCACAUGUGGAUCAUCUGUUACCUGGUCAUCUUGGUUGUCCUUGUGGUGCAGAUCAUAGCAGUUUUGCUGGUGGAGCCCAGGAGUGCCUCAGAGGGGAUAUGGUGGACUGUCUUCUUCAUCUACAUCAUCUACACACUGCUCCCGAUCAGAAUGAGGGCCGCCGUCGUGAGUGGAGUCAUUCUAUCAGCUGUGCACCUGGCCAUCUCUUGGAAGUUAAACCAAGUGGACAGCUAUCUAUGGAAACAGAAUCUGAUGUAG